AUGUCAGAAGAAAAGACUACACCAUCUACUACUCCAGCCACCACUACCAGUGGAUCUGAUGCUCAAAAACCACCAUCAUCUGCCAUCUUCUCCAUGUUCGGUGGUAAGAAAGACACUGAUGCUGAAAAAGAAGAAGGAGAAGAAGGACUAAUGAAGAAGAAGAAAAAGAAGAUAAAGAAACUAAAAAGAAGACAAAAAACUAAUGAUGAAGAUGAUGCUCCAGAAUCUCCAGAUGUUCAUUUUGAACCAAUCGUUCAUCUUGAAAAAGUUGACGUGAAAACUAUGGAAGAAAAUGAAAAAACACUUUUCAAAAUUAGAGCUAAGUUAUUUAGAUUCGAUUCAGAAAAUAAAGAAUGGAAAGAAAGAGGUACUGGUGAUUGUAAAUUUCUACAAAAUGAACAAACUAAAAAAGUUAGAUUAUUAAUGAGAAGAGAUAAGACUUUGAAAGUUUGCGCUAAUCAUAUUAUCGCUCCAGAAUAUGAAUUGAAACCAAAUGUGGGAUCUGAUAGAUCUUGGGUUUAUACUUGUACAGCAGAUGUAGCUGAAGGACCUGCUGAAGCUUUCACUUUUGCGAUUAGGUUCGGUUCUAAGGAAAACGCUGAUAAGUUCAAAGCUGAAUUCGAAAAAGCUCAAGAAUUAAACAAAUAA